CUAGGCAUCCUAUCGGUAUCAUGCCCACCUGCGCUAUCCUAAGCCGCCGAACACCCCACUCAACUAAAAACGCCAACGGGCUCGAAUCCCUUCUCGAUCGCAGGCUCCAAUGAUGUCGACCAAACUCUCCCCAGAGAUUGACAGAUCAUCUACCCCGCCCCAAACUCGGUCGACCGACUUAAGCGAAAAUCGUGAUUAUUUUGACAGUGACAGAAGAGGCGGAAAAUAUCAUGGAUCGUUCAAAGAUCGAGACACGGAGAGUUCGAGGCGGAAUGAGUAUCUGAUUGAGCUGCGCAACGCAUUCGAGGACUUGAGAACCAAAUUUGCCACCCUGGACGAAAUACAUUUCCAGAAGGGAGCAGAAGCUAGAAGCCACAAUAAGAAGUCCCGGUCGAAAAAACAAAACUUGCUUCUCAAGCCCGAUGGUUAUGGCACUCCCCCUAUCGUUGAUCGUCAAAUUCUGGAUUUCAAUUUCAUCUAUCACGAGGAGGCACGCACUAUAUUCAUGGGCCGGUUAGCAAAUAACCUGGAAGUAUGGACAUCGAUAUCGCAAGACUCGCCAAACCCUCUCCGCUAUCUUCUGGGAAAUCAAGGUGGAUCUAAGGUUCGAGAAACAGAAUUGGCGCUUGUUGAUGACAGUGCAUAUCCGAUGCAUGCUAUAAUGGAGGAGCUAAGCCUUCGUCGCGAUUGUCAAUACGAAGAGGUUCGAGUACUUGACCUGGAAACUGUCCUUCUCGCGGCCUUGUGUUGCUUCCAGGCAGGUUGGGAAGCAGGACAGAAGUCUGCAUUGGCUCUCUGGGUUUGUGAAUUCAUCCAGCAUGUGCUUGCGAACACCUGGAGAAAUCCUGCCCUGCCGCCGCCGCUGCCGCUGCUAUCACCACCAUGGACGCCAUUGAUGCAAUGACCGGAAUCAAUAGCACAGACUUGAGCGAUAGAGCGCCUGGUGCGCAUCCUCGACAUAGGCGUGGAUCGCGCCAUCAGGCGUCCGGACUCGGCUUACCAAGAUGAUGAGCUUCUUCAGAAGCUGCUGAAAACCUUACGAGACGGCAGUAUGAAGCUGCCCAGGUCAUUGGACCUUGGAGACAGAAUAUCUCUCCCUGACUGUGUGGAACGGGACAACAAAGUCCUGUACAAAGGACGAAUCUAGGUGCCUAAGGACAAUGGACUCCGCAUGGCUAUUAUCGACGCGUAUCAUGGUCUUCCGGGCGC